AAGGACUGACAUGCACUUGUGCGGUCGCAAGACAAAUGGCAGCCGCUCUCUCUACCCCACCCAAACCUGCCCUCCUCUACCGUGCGCCGACCGGCGCAUCGAACCCCAUCCUGGCUCGCCGAACGGCGGUGCAGUCGCUGGCCCAGGCAAAGAAGAAGAAGAAGCGAUGUUGGGGUGUGGUCCUCCUCCCACGGCGCAGAUUAGCACUGACCAGGACCAAAACGACCACCUUUGCAGGGUCGAGGGCAGACGAUUCGGCGCCGUUCGAGAUGUCGGUGGAGAACGCCAUGAAGGUUCUUGGUGUGGCGGAAGGAGCGUCCUUCGAUGACAUCCUUCGCGCCAAGAACUCGAUCCUCGCCUCCUGCAAGGACGACCAGGACGCCGUGGCGCAGGUAGAGGCUGCAUACGACAUGUUGCUUAUGCAGAGUCUAACACAACGAAGGGCAGGCAAAGUAAUGAAUAGCAACAUUCGUUAUGCUGAUGUAAAACCCAUAAGGAGUUCAGGAACAAGUUCAAUGCCCCAGUGGGUACAGUCCACAGUUAAGAAUGCACCUGUUUCAAUUGAAGCACCAUCUCCUGGCACCUUGGGUAUAAACGCAGGGGUCUACGGAGCAAUGAUGGUUUUCACCUUUAUCAGCGAAGCGUCUACAUCUUCAGUCGGGCCAUAUGCUGGGGCUGAUGUUCCUGGGCUAAUCUUGGCCACUGGUUUUGGAGCUUCAUUAUACUUUUUGACCAAGAAAAACAUUAAACUAGGAAAAGCAGCUUUGUUAACUAUCGGUAGCCUCAUUGUGGGUGCUGCAGUGGGAUCAGUGGUUGAGAAUUGGUUGCAGGUUACUCGAAAAUGUAAUGGACAUGUACAGCUUCUAUCCCAUUUUAUUGAAGGCUUCACAGAUGGUGGACGACUUAAAACUGGCUCAUAUAUGGAUGAAGCAGACUCUAUGAGUUGCAAUUUAAAAACUCAGGCUCGAGAUCCAACUCAGAUUAUAUGGUCUUGCUGUUUCUCACCGUUGCUCGUGAUGUGUUGAGUUUGUUUGCUUGGGUUGCACCACCCAACUACCAAAUGACCUUCCCAACUAAGUUGAUUCAGGUAUGUCAUGAAACCAUUACAGCUGCUGCCUGUGUAUUUUCCUAACUGUCAUUUCCGUAGUGUGGGAUUAUCUGUGUAUGCAAAAUGGGGCUCAUGAUUUGGAGGGCCUGGAUUGGCAUAUGUUUAUCUUGCAUAUAAGGAUAGAUGAUUUCCCAUUAUCUGUAUUUUCAGCAUAUGAAUUAUGACUGAAAUCUUCAUCAAUGAUAGUCAUAGUGACCAGCUAGCCAGCGUAAUGCUCAA